UGUUGGCUACAAAAUGUGGUUCAGGGACACAGUCUGAGUCAAACUGCACACUGACACGCACACUGACGCGGUGACAAUCAUGCACAUAUUCUGCAUUUUGUUGGCUUUUCAGCUCUGCUCCCCAUCUGGACAGACUGAGGAUGGCAUAGUGAAUGGUCAGGUUUCAAAGCCUCAUUCCAGGCCCUACAUGGCUUCACUGCAGUACAGUGGAAAACACAACUGUGGUGGACUCCUUGUUCAGGAGGACUUUGUUCUGACAGCAGCACACUGUAAAAAUGGAAAUCUUGAGUCUACGCAGCCCAUGACGGUGGUACUCGGGGCCCACAACUUAAAACAUAAAGAAAAAAGUCAACAAUCCAUCCAAGUGGCCGCCUUCUAUGCUCAUCCAAAGUACCAUGGAAAGUUUGAUAAUGAUAUUAUGCUACUCAAGCUGGAAAAGAAAGCUCGACUGAACAAGUUUGUGCAGACCAUCAAGUUACCCGUGAAAGACAAGACCAUUCGAGCUAAGGUCGCCUGUGUUGUCGCUGGCUGGGGCCAAAAAGGCAGAAGUGAACCUUCCUCAGAUGUCCUGAAGGAGGCCACAGAGUGGACUCAGUUCAAGGAUGAAUGUGUAUGGAUUUGGAAUAUCUACUUCAACAGCAGUCACAUGAUCUGCACCAGGUUUGACAAAAACAAAGGAGGCCUCUGCCAGGGUGACUCUGGAGGACCGCUAAUCUGUAAGGAUAAACUGGUGGGAAUAACUGCCUUCACGCAUGGAGAAGACUGCAAUAAUUCCAAGUUUCCUCAUGUUUUCACUAGGAUAGGUCACUUUCUUCCAUGGAUCAAGAAAACUUUGCAGAGAGAGAAAAAUGCUGUCUGAGAAAAAGUGGUUUUUCCAUAAUACUCUUUCAAUUUCUCCACAACAUAUAGAUGUCAAGCAAUAAAAUACCAAAAACAAACUGAA